CCUGCCUCGUUGAACGCAGAUUGUACGACGCGUUUUGCCUGAAAAGAAAAACAGUUUGGACUCGAAGACCUACUCCAAGCCUUGGAUAUUUUACUUCAAAAUCUUUAUUUUUGCUUUUUAAAAAGGAACGCGGAGGUAACUUUUUCUCAGGAGUGACUCCCCAAGAGCCACAAGGCGUCUUGACUGGACUUCCCCAAACACAAUAUACUGCCCGAAUUUGCCAAUGACAUAACCACGGAUUUGCAGACUCUUCCUGGGGUCGAGUCGGCCAGCCCCAAAGCUGCUGGAUUUUUGUGAUAACGUUGCAAAGUUGAAAGGAAGCAGAUCUGCCAGUCACCAUGCCGGCCCUCUCCACCAGAACCGGCAGUGAGAUAGGUCUGUAUGAGCUGUUGUCUGUACUGCCGUCUCAGCUGCAACCUCAUGUUCAGAGCGCAGAUGACCGCUCUUUUCUACACGCUAUGUUUGGGGAGAGGAGUCUACAUUCAUUGGUCGAGAUCCAUGAGAAGUUACAGUGUUAUGAAGACCGUGCUCCGACUCCAGUACUGGACAGCGCCGGCUCACUGGCUCAAGACUUGAUCGAGGAACUUCAAGGAAGAAGUGCAAGCAACGAGAUCAGAGAGCUACUCAAGCUACUGUCCAAACCACACAUAAAGAGUUUGUUGUCUGUUCAUGAUACCGUGGCCAGGAAGAGUUACGAUCCAGAACUUCCUCCACUGCCAGAUGACAUUGAUGAUGAAGAAGAUUCUGUCAAGAUCAUUCGACUGGUCAAGAAUAAAGAGCCUUUGGGUGCCACCAUAAAGAAGGAUGAACACAGUGGAGCAAUCUUAGUGGCACGCAUCAUGAGAGGCGGGGCAGCAGACAGAAGUGGUCUGAUACAUGUCGGGGAUGAGCUGAAAGAGGUCAACGGUAUUCCUGUAGAUGACAAAAAACCUGAGGAAAUAAUUCGCAUCCUGUCCCAGUCGCAAGGUGCCAUUACAUUUAAAGUGGUCCCAGGUAUCAAAGAGGAGGCACAAAGCAAAGAACCCAAGAUGUUUGUAAAGGCUCUUUUUGACUACAAUCCAGCUGAGGAUAAGGCGAUCCCUUGCAAGGAGGCAGGCUUGGCAUUUAGGAAGGGAGAUAUCCUGCAGGUUAUGAGCCAGGACGAUGCCACCUGGUGGCAAGCCAAACUGGAUGGUGAUGGCAACCCGCGCGCAGGACUCAUCCCAUCCAAACACUUUCAGGAGAGGAGGUUGGCAACCUGGAAACCCAUGACCGUCACUACUCUUCAGAGAACCCCCAGCAAAAGAUUUUCGGGUCUACGGAGGAGUUUUCGUCUCAGCAGAAGGGAUAAGAAGACAAAUAAGUCCAUGUAUGAAUGUAAGAGAAGUGAGCAGUAUGACACAGCUGAUGUGCCUACUUAUGAAGAGGUAACGGCCUACCGCAGAAAACACGGAGACAGGCACAGACUUGUUGUGUUAGUUGGUCCUACUGGUGUUGGUUUAAAUGAGCUCAAAAGGAAGUUGUUGAUAUCUGAUCCACAACAUUUUAGUGUCACCAUCCCACAUACAUCUCGAUCGAAGCGGCAUCAGGAAAGCGAUGGAGUGGAGUAUCAUUUCAUCUCCAAACACCUUUUUGAGGCAGACAUUCAAAACAACAAGUUCAUUGAACAUGGAGAGUAUAAGGGAAACUACUAUGGGACGAGCUUUGACUCUGUACGUUCAGUCCUGUCCAAGAACAAGGUGUGCCUUUUAGACGUACAGCCACAUACACUAAAGCAUCUUCGUACGUCUGAGUUCAAGCCCUAUGUGGUGUUUGUGAAGCCUCCAUCCAUCGAGCGUUUGAGAGAGACCAGGAAGAGUGCAAAAGUCAUCUCAGGCAAAGAUGAUAAGAACUCGGCCAAACCCUUCUCGGAGGAGGACUUCCAGGAGAUGAUCAGUACCGCUCAGAUGAUGGAAAACCAGUAUGGUCACCUCUUUGAAAAGGUCAUUGUGAAUGAUGACCUCACGAUUGCCUUCAACGAGCUCAAGCAGGCGCUCAGGAAAGUGGAGACCGAAGCUCACUGGGUGCCCGUCAGCUGGACUCAUUCCUGAGUGUCAGCACAAAACAGGACAAAAAGAACAAGGGAACAAGGCAUAACAUUUUUGGGGAAAACUAAGGGAAGGACUUUAAGAACUGUGAAAGAAAUCUGUUUUAUUGUGUUUUUAUUUUUGGCUGUAGAUGGUGACAGGGAAAUAUUUUAGUUGUCUUAAAGCAUCUGAAGUGGUUUAUCUGUUUUUGGAGAAACGUAUAGGGUUUUUUUUUUUUUUUUUUUUUCGUGGCGGAUAUAGCUGAACGGGUGUAACUGCAGUCAAGAGAUUGUUUAGCCGCCGCUGAGAGAGUGUUUCAGACUGCCAAUCAAGUGGUCUGGUGGCGUUGACCACUCCUUAGUGUAUUUUUAACAUUAGUUUAUAGAAACCAAAGGGAUGAUUAUUAUUUUUCUGUGCUCAAAGUCCACAUUUUUGUAUUUCAGAACUUGUAGUCCACUGUAGUCCGUUGGCCUGUUACUCUGCAGCUAGUUUAAUCGGCACAGCAUUAACAAUAUAUAAUGAGGUUGGGGGAUAUCAAGUGAUGUUCAGUGGGCCCAAAGGGAUUUUAUUUAAAUAGAAAAUUAAUAUAUUUUGAUAUUUUUUGGACUUUUUUAGCCCGUUCCCUAUUGAGAUUUUUAAAUUAAAAUCAGAGCUGUGAGGAUUUAUUUAGGCUUUUUUAGCAAGCGCUCAUGGCUGAUCAAAGCCUCAGGGUCCUUGUAGACAGAGCUUUUAUUAACGUACAGUAGAAACCGAUGUGCGCGGAAGCUGACUUCUUUCUUUCUGUUCCAUCUAUCUGUUUUUCUCUAUUCCCCUUUCCUUCCAUUUUCAUUUUCCUUUAUUGCCCAGGCCACAAGGACUAGCUGUUGUUAAGGGCAGGCAUUUGGAAAGGACAUAUAAGGGAAGGUUAUUCAGUCUGAACUGAUUAGUCAAGAGUCUUGGAAGCCUAACAGCAGCACUUCCACAAUUGAAUCAAAAUCUUUAAUGAAUUGAACCUCGACUGUUACAAAGCAGUUCAGACAGGAUUAGUUCACCCAAAUAUGAAAAUUCUGUCAUAAUUUAGUUCUAUUUUAUAACUUGGAGAUCUUGAGUAUAGAACAUGAGUCAUAUGGACUUCAAUGGUACUUUAUUGUUUUCGGUGCUCAACAGUCCCUUCCUACUUAACUCAUGUGUAACACCUACAUAGAAUGAAUAUCAGUAGCGGUGCUCUAAAAUUUCAGCUACCCCAACAAAAAAAGUAUCCAGCCAUGAAGUUUAAUUAACGCUUCUCAGAUGAUGGAUUUGGAUCACGUCACAAUCUAUUUUGUGCACAUAAAGUGAAUAAGGUACAAAAGUGUAAACAUGUCAGCAGUUUGGACACAUUUAAAUGUGAAAAGAAAAAAGAAAGCUAAAGUAGCAAAAUGUAAAAUUUGUUCAACUGAAAUAUCAAGAGCUGGCUCGUUUACAAAAACUGCUUUAAUUUAAUCAUCUGAGAACAUUACACCCUGAAAUUAACCACUUUUGGGGGGGGGGUUUGACUAAAUUAGACAUUUUAUUUCUUAGUGUUAUUUUUAAAAAAAAAUAUAUACUUUGGUGCAUCACUAGUAGCGACAUGAGGGCAUGCGAAUGUUGACAGAAUCGUCUUUUAUUGGGUGAACUAUGUGAGGUAUUUUCAGAAAUUAAAGGGAUAAAGAUAUGUCACUCAAGACAUGUUUUUGUUGUCAUUUGUCUUGUUUUAAUACAUUGGUUUUCAAUCAAGCAGUGUCAAUCUCUCACUCCAUACUGUUAGGUCCGGUUUCAUAGACCAGGAUUAGGCCGUAGUUCAGUUUAGGACGUAAAAGUAAUUUUUAUAAACUUGCCUUAGACAAAACCAUUUCUGGUGUGUAUCUUAAGACAAAACAAUGGUACUGACAUGUUUUAAGAUCAGUCAGUGCAAGUGUCUUUCAGUUGAAGCAGCUCAGAUUUACAUUUUAGUCUAGGACUAGGCUUAAGCCUUGUCUAUGAAACAUGGAGAUAGUGUAUUUAGUUUAAUCCUGCAGUUCAGAAACACAAAUCAAAAUCAAGGUGCACUGAUGUUUAUUCAUUUGCUUCACUGUUAUGUUUGUCCUUGCCUUCUUUUUGAUAUAUUUCCGUUUUUAUUUUCAUACAAAACAGAUUCCAAACUUUUGUCAAGUCUGUUCAGUCUUUCUUAAAUGAAAUAUGCAAAGCAAAUAUUGAAUCCUGUAUUUUAGCAAUAUACCUCUGUAUCUGGUUGUUUGUCCUCUGCCAAGUGGUCUCAGAUGAAUUUUGUGGAAGCCUCAUCUGAACAACAAUUCAUGUACCUGUAUUGUUUCGUUCUGUCAAUGAUCGUGAGUUUACAACCUGUGCUGUUAUAAAACAACAUCUCCUCCAAAUGGACAUUAAAAAUGUCAAUCAGUUA